AUGAAAAAGGAAAAGGAAAAGGGAGAGAAGUCGCCCAAGGACAAAGAUGCCGCUGUUGCUGAAAAAACGCGGUCGAAUAGCAAUGCAGACGCAGCACCUAGCUUCUCUGAUGCUAUGGUAGCUAACCUCACAAAGCGAAUUGAGCAAAGGUUGAAGGGCGAUGAGAGUGGAAAUAAAGCCUUAUCCAAGGUUGAUAAGAAACAAAAACCGGAAAAGAAUGAAAAGCGCAAAGGGCGAGAGAUGGACAAUGAGGUGAAGCACACUGAUAAACCCGCCAAAAAAAGAGAGCCAAUUGCAGAUAUCAAUGCCACCGACAAAGCGGGAAAGAAACGAGAUCGAAGUGGGAAGAUAAUAAAACCUCAAGUGGCUGAAAAACCAUACUCGCCGGAGAAAAAACAGGGUGCGGACGGGAAGAGUUGGGAAGAAGAGGUGUAUGCAAUUGGCGGGACAAAAGAGGAUCUUGAUCUUGUUGCUGGCGCUGAAUCAGACUCAGAGAUGGAAGAUAAAGAAAUUUCUAGCGGUGAUCUUGAGAGACUCCGAAGAGACCUCGGUAGGCUGAUUAAUGGUGAAAAUGAGCUACCUGAUAUUGAAGAUACUCCUGCGCAAGGGGAGACGAAAUCUGCCAAAACGAAGCAAGGAAAGAAACAGGACAAGAAGCCAUCCGGAGAAAGAUUGCUAGAGAAGCCCAUACAGGAGGAAAAGUCUCCGGGAAAUGCUGUCUCAGAGAAUACUCCCGUUAAGCGCGAGAGUAAAAAGGUACAGAAGAAGGAUGCUACGAUCUCGGGGACAACGGCAUCGACCCUGGAAGCUAAGGUUCCUAAGAGGAGUUCAUCUUCAUCCUCAAAUCUUAUCAUUCCCGAUCGCUCGGAUUGGUAUGCUACUCCACUUCCGGAUAUCUCUUACGAUUCCAGUCGCCCUAUAAAUGUUUCCCGACAAAUACUUGAGCGCGUUCGUGAAUACGCCAUGACACUACUGGAGGCUGAAAAUAAAGCAUAUGCGUCCAAUAGAGACUCAAAGUCAUCGAGCUAUAAGUUUUAUUCGACCAUUGUUUCUUCAGGGACCCUAAGUGACAAAAUAUCAGCCUUGACCCUCUCAGCCCAAGAGUCGCCUCUUCACAAUACCCAGGCUCUGGAAAAUUUAGUCGGUUUAGCAAAAAAGCGGAGCAGAGCUCAGGCUGUCGAAGUCUUACGCUCACUGAAAGAUAUGUUUGCUCAAGGCACCUUACUUCCUAGUGAUCGACGAUUGAAAUAUUUUGUUAAUCAGCCAGCCCUAGCUGCUGCAUUGGCGGAGUCAGGGGGUAAUUGGGACGUUGGCGACAAGCUUCCAAAUCAGAUUGAGAAGAGCCAUUUAAUCAUGUGGGCGUUCGAAGACUUCGUUAAAGACCAAUACUUCGAGGUACUGAAAGUCCUCGAAGUUUGGUGCAACGAUGAAAUCGAAUUCUCUCGAUCGAGGGCCCUGAGUUACGUUUAUGAGCUUCUGAAGGAAAAACCAGAACAGGAAUCUAACUUACUACGUCUUCUGAUCAAUAAGUUGGGUGACCCUAGCAAAAAGAUUGCUUCGCGGGCUUCCUACCUUCUCCUUCAGCUCGAACAAGCCCACCCGCUCAUGAAGGGAACAAUUGUAUCUGCGAUAGAGUCGGAAUCUCUUUUCCGCCCCGGGCAGAGUCAACACGCAAAAUACUAUGGAGUGAUCACUCUCAACCAGACCAUUCUGAGCAAGGGCGACGAUAAAGUUGCAUCACAGCUUCUUGACAUUUAUUUCCCUCUUUUCGUUGCUCUUCUAAAGUCAAAGAAAGAAACGCACACCCAAGGGAAGCAUGAAAAGGACAAACACUCUAAAAAAGGGAAAAAGGGGAAGGGGGGGAAUGAUGCUGCCAAGGGGGAAGCUCAGGAUGAGGAACUACGAGAGAAACUCAUUUCAGCUGUUUUGGUUGGCGUUAACCGCGCCUAUCCUUUUACUACGUCAAGCUUUGAAUUGCUUUCUAAACACCUGGAUACCCUAUUCCGCAUUACUAAUUCUUCUAAUUUUAACACAAGCAUUCAAGCUCUCAUGCUUAUUCAACAGCUCUCCUCAUCACACGCAGUUUCAGCAGACCGCUUUUACAAGACACUCUAUGAGUCUUUACUGGAUCCUCGUGUGGCAACAUCCUCAAAACAGUCGAUGUACCUUAAUCUGCUAUACAAGGCAUUGAACACUGAUGUCAACAUAAAACGAAUCAAGGCGUUUGUCAAGCGUUUAGUUCAAAUACUAGGCGUGCACAACCCAUCAUUCAGUUGUGGUGUUUUGUAUUUGAUUAAACAGCUCGAAUCGACAUUCCCGUCUCUUACAGCUAUGGUGGAUCAACCUGAAGACGCCGAGGACGAUGACGAAGAAGAAGUCUUUAUGGAUGUUCCAGACGAUGGAGAAGAGGAAAUGGAGGUAGAUAAGGAAGAAGCUAAGGCAAAAUUUUCUGCAACUCGUUAUGACCCUCGAAAGAGAGACCCAGAGCAAAGCAACGCUGAUAGAAGUUGUCUUUGGGAGCUGCUCCCUUAUCUGUCCCACUAUCACCCCUCGGUAGCUGUUAGCGCUAAACAGCUGCUAACACAUGAAAAGAUGUCUGGGAAACCAGACCUCACGAUCCAUACUCUCACUCACUUCCUGGAUCGUUUUGUUUACAAAACUCCGAAGGCUACGCCUAGUCUUCGCGGGUCCUCUAUCAUGCAGCCUCUUGCUGGCGGGGACUCCAGUGGCCUAUUAGUAACAUCUGGACGAAAUGCAGCACAGCAACCAGUUAACAGCGAGUCAUUCUGGAGGAAACAAAGUGACGAGGUUGCUGCCGAAGAUGUUUUCUUCCACGAUUACUUCAACCGCCUAGGAAAGGACAAGUUGCGUCAGAAAUCCAAGAAGAAAGCUUCCAAGGGUGAUGACGAAGAAGGCGAGAGUGAUGAAGAGUCUGAAGUUUGGAAGGCUUUGGUACAAUCACAGCCUGAACUGGAUGGCGAAGGUAUUAGUGAUGAUGACAUGGAUAUGGAUGACUUUGAAUCUGCCAUGGACGCAAGCGAUGAUGAUUUGGAGGGUAUGGAUGGAGAUAUGGACGGGGAUCGUGAAAUUGACGAUGAUGUUAUCAUCAAUGAAGAGAGCUCAGGUGAAGAGGAAGCUGUCUCUGAAGCUGAGGUGGAUAAAUCCAUCGACAUGGAUGAUGACAUGUUUAACAUCGAUCAAUCAGAUGAGGAGGCCUUCUUGGAUAGCGACGCAGAGUUGCCGUCUGACUUGGACAUGGAGACUGAAUUCAAAGAUACGGAAAAGAAGUCAGAAUCGAAGAGGGAAAAGAGACGAAAACUCAAACAUCUGCCCACUUUUGCAUCGGUCGAAGAUUAUGCCGCACUACUGGGUAAAGAUGACGAUGAAGGCUUUUAA